AUGAGAUAUUCACCAAGAACAUCUAGAGCGAGUUUGGUUAAAGAAUCAUUGCGAUUUUACGAACUUGAGUAUAAGUCUCAAGUCUAUAAGUUGCAUUCGUGGGCCGGAGGUUUAACCGAGUUUGCAGAUGGAAGAAAUCAAGAGAGUACCAGUGAAGUUGUGAAUGCAUACUAUUCUGCAGCAUUGGUCGGUAUGGCAUACGAUGAUGCAGAACUCGUAGCGAAUGCAACGGCAGUAACAUCAUUGGAAAUUCUUGCUGCUAAAAUGUGGUGGCAUGUAAAAGAAGGUGAAAAUCUUUAUGAGGAAGAUUUCACAAAAGAGAAUAGGAUGAUGGGAGUUCUUUGGUCUAACAAGAGAGAUAGUGGAUUAUGGUUUGCUCCUCCUGCUUGGAGAGAUUGUAGGCUUGGGAUUCAAGUCUUGCCAUUGUUACCUAUUUCUGAAGCCGUGUUUUCAAAUGAUGAUUAUGUGGAGCUUGUGGAGUGGACAUUACCUGCUUUGAAUAGGGAAGGUGUUGAAGAAGGAUGGAAAGGUUUUGUGAAUGCAUUGCAAGGAAUUUAUGAUAAUGAAAGUGGAUUGAAGAAUAUAAGAAGUUUGAAUGGAUUUGAUGAUGGAAAUUCAUUGACUAAUCUCUUAUGGUGGAUCCAUAGCAGAAGUGAGAAAGAAUAG